UUGGACGUUUUUAUUUUUCCCCUACCCCGGAUCAGAUAUAUCACAAGUUACGUAUAUAAAAUGGCAGAGAAAUAACAAUUACGCGUUCUUGGCAGCGUGACUAAUAACUAAUAAGGUAUCCUUUUUCGUUAAAGAAAAGAAUACUAACGUAGACUUUGUCCUAAAUUAUGCAGACUACAGAGGAAAGACUUGCAAUGGAUCUUCAACAUGGUGCAAGUAAAUCUGGUCAGUCGUGGAUCUUCAUAGGGCGGCUCAGGUGAUGCAGUUAGGCGUAGGUCUUCAUAAGGCAGGUAGUAUUGUCGGUUGUCGAAUCGUCUAUGUAAUCUUUCCUAUAUCAUAAUUGUAAGAUCAUAAUAAAUCAGCGUUAAAAAAAAGACUUUGUCCUAAAUUUCACAACAUAACUCCGUACCACCAAGUCAACAAAACCAUGGUCCAUUUAUUUCUUCAACACGCUAUUUUUCCUUCCUCAAAAUUGACCUUAAACAAUCUACUUACCUAUACAUAAAACCAUUUCAUGCUCCAAAACCAAACCCGUCAUCACUACUUCAAAACCAAAACAGAAACACAAAAACAGAGAAUAUGAGAAAGAGAGGAGAAAACAAGAACAGAUUCUUUAGAAUCAUUACCAUGCCUCUAAGAGUUUUAGGCAAGGCUCGUGACCUCUACAUGCGAAGCAUCACAGGCUGCGCAGCUCGCACUCACUACUCCUCAGCCGAUGCCGUCUCCGUUCCCUUUCCGAGAAGCCGGAGCACUUCGUCAGCCUUCUCCUCCACCACCUCUUCGCGGAGGAUGUCUUCCGAUUUCACCUUCGACGAUGACUACAGCGAGCUGGUCAGAGCUGCUUCCGUUAGGAGUUUAUGUCAUAAGAACGAGAUUGACAUGAUCAGACACCAGCAACUUCAGCAGCGGCAAGAAAAUCGCGUUGCGGUGGGAGCGGUUGUGGCUGCAAAAGGCGGUUUGCCAAAGAGCUCGAGUGUAGGGAUGCCAAUGGCGAGGAUUGAUGAAGAAAAUGAAGAAGAAGGAUCAUUGAAGAAUCAAAAGAAAGGAUCUGAUUUCUUAUACCCUCGUAGCAGAUCACACGCGGUUACUAUUAGAGGAUCCAAGUUUUAAUUAACUAAUUGCAUAACUGUCAUUUUAAUUUUUAAAGAAGUAUGAUUUCUCGAAAUUUUACGUUGGGGGGGGAUUAAGGAGAAGAAAAGAAAAUGAUUGUGAGGUAUACUAGUUACUAGUGUUAUAGAUUUGUACUAAAAGAAGCUAUUGUUAAAUAUUUUUAUACAAUAAAUCGUAUUUUUGGUAAA